UUUACUCGGUGACAGAUCACAAAAACUUUAUCACAGGAGUCGAAAAAAAAAAAACUAUAUAAGCAAUCGAUUUUCUCCAAGAUUCUCAUUUUAUUUUUUUGUUUCUUCUCUCUUUGCAAAUAAAUCCAAGCCUUUUUUAAAUUCUUCUAUGCUCAAUAAUUUCUUUGAUAAAUUUAACAAGAACAAGUCUGACAAGAAUGAGAUUCAAUUAAAUGAUUCAUCUUUACCUUACGGUAUGCCCCCAAUCGAGGAGUCCAAGCCUUAUCCUCGCCCUGUCCAAGCCGUCUCCAAUGCCUUGCUAUUUGUCUGGAACAAAUUGUUCAUUGGUCCCUUAAGUGUGGUCUUGGGCUUCUUAUCUAGACGUACCAACUUGACAUUCUGGAUCAUUUUUGGUAUGGUUAUUGGUAUCUUGGUAGGCCACUUCGCACCUUCUGUAGGCGCUGAAAUCGAGCCUUUAGGUGAUGCUUUCAUUCGUAUGAUUACCAUCAUCGAAACCCCUCUUAUUUUCUCCACUUUGGUUGUUGGUAUUGCUGGUCAUGGUGACGACGUUGGAAAAAUCGGAAAAUUGGCAAUCAAGACUAUCAUUUAUUUCGAAGUUGUUACUACCUUUGCUUUAGCUGUUGGUUUGAUUAUGGCUAACCUUAUCAAGCCUGGUCAAGGUGUUGUCUUAUAUGGUGAUACUAGUGAAGUUGCUACCAUGGCCGAAACUACGAUUACAUGGUACGGUGAACUUGAAAUGAUUAUUCCCAAGAAUUUCUUUGUCGCUGCCACCGAAAACCAAAUCUUGGGUGUUGUCUUUUGUGCUGCUAUGUUCUCUUGUGCCAUGAUGAAGGCCGACAAAAAGUCCAAGGAAUUUAUGCUCAGAGUCAAUGAUUCUUUAUCCAUGAUCAUGUUCAAGUUCGUUGCCUUAAUUAUGAACUAUGCUCCCAUUGGUAUUGGUGCUUCUCUUGCCGGUGCUGUUGGUAAGAAUGGUGUUGAUAUUCUUGCCAACCUUGGUAAAUUAAUCGGUGCCUUGUAUGCUUCUUUGGCCAUCUUUGUUGUUGUCAUCUUGGUGCCUGUCAUGUUCUUGACCCGUGUCCCUAUUGUUGGCUUCUUCAAGGCAGUUGCUCAACCUUGGUUAAUCGCUUUCAGUUCUGCUUCCAGUGAAUCUGCUUUGCCCAAAGCUAUGCAAAACAUGAGAAGCUUUGGAUGCCCCAACUCUUUGACUGCCUUUGUCAUUCCUUGUGGUUAUUCUUUCAAUCUUGAUGGUACUACUCUUUAUCUUGCUUUAGCCUGUAUUUUCGCUGCUCAAGCUGGUAACAUCAACCUCCCUCUUGCUACUCAACUCUCCAUCAUGGGUACAUUGAUGCUUUCCUCCAAGGGUGUUGCUGCUAUUCCCCGUGCCUCUUUGAUUAUUUUAGCUGGUACUGUUACCCAAUACGGACUUCCUUACGAAGCUAUUCCCAUGAUUAUGGGUGUUGAUGCUAUUAUGGAUAUGGCUCGUACCUCAAUCAACGUUUUCGGUAACUGUCUUGGCUGCUGCGUUAUGUCUCGUGUUGAAGGCUCCUUCCGUGGUCUUGAAUGGAGAGAGGAAGAGAUCGAUAGACGUCGUAUUGUACUCUUGGAAGAAGAACGUAAGCAACGUACUAGCGAUGGUGUAUCUGAAGAGAUGUCUUUCACUGAUGGUGAAAAGCAAGUUGAGCACCAGGAGUUGGAUAAUGUUGUUAUUCAUCAUGAUGUUGAGUCUGUCAAUAGCUUAAACAUUGCUCCUGCUCACUCUCAAAAACAUUAAGUUUUUAAUCCUUACCCCCUCACUCUCACCUGUGUAAAUAUUACACCUUGUAUUUUUAUAAAUAAUUUUCUCUCUCUCCCCC